GCGGUGCGGAGGUGCGCGCAUGCGCGAACAUUUUCCCGCCAAACGCCGCGCGCGUUGUGUCGCCUCCUAAAAAAAGUGAUAUUAAUAAAAACUUUUAUAAAUACUUUUUUUUAUAAAAUUAAAUACCUAACAAUGUUGGGUUUAUUUUGUUGGUAAUCCUGUUAGCGAGUUUCGUGUAGAAAUUUUGCGGGCAAGGAUAAGUGUUAUAUGGGAAGUGCGGUCGUUUGGUGGUAGUGUAUGAUGUAGACACAAUGUGGAGGGCUCUCGGGCUUCUGUUGAUGAUCUGCGAAUCUGCAGUGGCAGCUUACAACGUCACCCUAGAACAAUCAAACGAAGUGUGGCCACUGCGCUACCCGCCUCGCAAGUCCUACGUCCGCCGGCAACGCAUCAUCCCACCGGAGACGCCAUUCCCGUGCGCCGAAUCGGUCUCCUUCGGCCGCAGCUCGUCCACGCCCACAUCUGUGCAUCGGCUACGGCCUGGCGACAUUGAGGUGGUUGCCGCGAUAGGGGACUCCCUUGUCGCCGGCAGUGGCGCACUCGAAGAGUUCGCGUUGGGUGCCUUCGUCGAGUAUAGAGGAGUGUCUUGGUGUGCAGGUGGCGAUAGUACGUGGCGCGAGUUCCUCACGCUGCCCAACAUCCUGAAGGUGUACAACCCGAAUCUGCGCGGGUUCUCCACCGGCACUGGAGAAUGGUUGGCGCGCAACGCUCGUUUCAAUGUCGCCUUCCCGGUCGCCUCUGACGGGGACGCCCUCAAGCAAGCCAAGAUAAUAGUAGCGCGCAUGAAGGCUUCCCCUGACAUAGACUACGAGCAUGACUGGAAGAUGCUGACCAUAUUCCUGGGAGCCAACGACCUUUGCUCGGCCUCCUGCCUGUCCCCGGUAGCGUGGUCACCCGCCGCGCACGCCCGCAAGCUGGCCCGGGCGCUCGACUACCUGUACGCGCAGAUGCCCCGGGUCAUUGUCAACUUGAUCCCGGUUCUUGACGUGUCGGUGUCGGUGCGCGUGAGUCGUCCGUUGAUGUGUCGGCUGAUGCAUCCGCUGUUCUGCACGUGCUUCCACCGCGGCGGCUCCGAGCUGUCGCGCCUCGUCGCCAUGGCGCGCCUCUACCAGAAGGCAGAGGAGCAGUUGGUUCAGAGUGAUCGGUACACAGGCCGCGAAGACUUCGAGGUGGUGGUGCAGCCGUUCAUGAGGCUGUUCAACCUGAACCCCGCCGCCCGACCGCCGCUGACCCGCGUCAUACACCAGUCUUACAUCACACACGACUGCUUCCACUUCUCUCAGAAGGGGCACGCGCUCGCGGCCAACCUUCUAUGGAAUAACUUGCUGGAGCCGGUAGGAAACAAGUCAGCCAACGCGCGUCCAACUCUUCUGGACACCAUACGCUGUCCACAAAAAGAAGCGCCAUACAUCUUCACCAGGAGAAACUCAAAGACUUACCUCGAGACCGGAUUGCAGGAUGGCGCGUAUGAAACCAGUUAAUACCAUGACCAUCACAGCCUAUAGUUUCAGUUUGAAUCCUCUUAAUGUCAUGACAAUUACGAUGCACUAGCACCGAGCAAUAUGAUAACAUAUUAGUUUUUUAUCACGUCUAACUGUCCAACUCCAUAGUACUUUGAUAAAAACGUGACAUAUAUCAUAUCGCAGUGCUAAUGCUAAGGAAUUGAACUUAUCACGAUACGGACGUACAAGUCAGCUCGUACGACUCCUGAUAUAAUGACCAUCUCUUAACUUCACGAUAUUUUAAGCUUACCAAUGUUCAUCUUUGCUGCUACAAUAAGAAACACCAUGUAUCUUUACCAGGAGAAAUUGUAAAACAUACCUUGAGACAGGAGUGCAAGUAGGCGCGUAUGUAACCAGUCAUGACCAUCAGUCAUUGGAUUGGUGACCAAAAACUUAGCUCCGCCGUGCUUCG